AAUAACUAGAAAGCACAAAAGUAGUUUUCUCAAUUAAUUUACUUUAAAUAAGUAUUACACAAGCAAAGAAUUUAACUUACGUUCAGUUAGUUAAUUGCAUGAGCACCACAGAUAGUAGGGCUAUCAAAUCGAUAGCCAAACAAAAAGCCGGUGCCCGAAAAAUGCACUAAAAAACACCACAUAAUACUAUAUCAAAAUUAAAUACAGGAAACAAAGUAUUGCACAAGCAAAACAACAUGCAAAGCAAUCAACUUGCAAUUAGUUUAAUAUAAUAGUUAAUUGUAAUAUUAAUAAUUGUUAACAAUCUCUUUUCACUGUUUGAAGAGCCACAACCGGUGUGCGCACUUACCAACGUAUUGAAAACAAAUGCAAAUUACACGCACGCCCAUUGAGAGUUAAAAUUCAAAAUUGAUUAAACAAUUUUGUUGUAUAGCAAAACAAAACAAAAAACAUCACCGUUGUCCCUGGCAGCAGGCCAAGCGCAACAAGUAACGCCAUUUCAUAAUCCGAAACAUAGAAAUUAGAACCGGUCAAUAGCUACAAAAUUACAGUAAACAAAUUUUAGAAAAAUUAUCAAAAUGUUGCUACAUAAAAGUUUUGUUCACGCUUUUCAUACCACGCGCAAACUGUGCACUGCUGGAGCCGGAUUGGAGAAGAGCGCCUUAUCCGCGUUACGAAAAAAGACGGGAUAUACGUUUGCCAAUUGCAAAAAGGCGCUCGCAUUGCAUAACAACGAUGUCACACAGGCAGAGAAAUGGUUGCACGAGCAGGCGCAGUCUUUGGGCUGGUCAAAAGCCACCAAAUUGUCGGAUCGCGUCACCACACAGGGCCUAGUCGGCAUCCUUGUCAGCGGAAAUCGUGGCUCCAUGGUCGAACUUAACUGCGAAACGGAUUUUGUGGCACGCAAUGAUACGUUCAAACGUUUUGUGGAUCAUGUUUCACGCAUUGUUUUGCACUACACGGAUCUCACAGAGUUCGAUGGUGAUUUGUGGAAGCUCGGCUUUGACUCGGAGGCUCUGAAGAACUUGGAGACGCCGCAAGGCGGCUCACUGGCCGAUCAUCUGGCGCUGCUUAUUGGUGCGAUGGGUGAGAAUGCCAGCAUUAGGCGCGCUCUUUGCUUUAAGGUCAACAACGAUUUGAGACUGGCGGGCUAUGCUCAUCCGGCGCCAACGAAUGUCAGCACCACACAGAAUAUUACGCAGGUGGGCAAAUAUGGUGCCAUUGUUGCCUUUCGUUCGCAGCAUGAUGUCGACGAUCACGAAAUCCAGAAAGGCAUAUGCCAGCAAAUUGUGGGUAUGAAACCGCUUAAAGUGGGCGAAUACGGCAAGGAUGUACCGGCAGAGAAUAAGGAUGAUGAGACCUGCCUCAUACAUCAGGAAUAUCUACUGGAUGCGGACAAAACCGUUGGCGAGGUGCUCAAAGAGAAUGCCAUUGAGAUCGUCGACUACCAUCGCUUUGAAUGCGGUGAACGGACGCAGCGAGACAUCAAAGAGAUCAUUCGUGCCCAGCAACAGAACAGCAACUGAAAACAGAUGACCCGAUCCUGGAUCCGACGUAGUAUUCAAAUUUUGUUGUACUCUUGAAUAUGUAAAUUCUGGCUAGCAAAUACAAAGAUUAUGAAGGCAACAUACAUAUGAA